AAACGCUUUGAGGCACCAGUGUGUGAACGUAGACCUGACGUGACGCGGCGGCGGCGGUGGGACUGGCUUCUUCGCUUCACUCUCCGGCUGCAUUCACAAACGGAUAUGAUGAACCAGCAGCAGCAGCAACGCUGAGCUGAGCUGAGCUGAGCGAGCGGAGCACCGGAGCAGCGACAACAGUCAGCUCUGACAAUGGCGGAAGAGGACGACGCGAGGAUUCGGAUUUUACAGAGCCUGCGGGGUAAAAUAUGUAAGUCUGACCGGGGCGAGUUGAUAUUUUCCGUUCCUCACAGUGGGGAGACAGAGGUGAGCAGCGAGGGAAAGAGGGGGGAAGCCAGCCGGAGGGGCGCGGCGUGCUAUCAACAGUGGACAGUGUGGAGGAAGGAGGCAGAGGCACCACUUCAUCUGCUCUACUGCUGCUGCUGCUGCUUCACGUCAAGUUAGCCUAGCAUGCUAACAGCUCAUACCAGCUUGUUUUGAAUGAUUUCUCUCACAGAUCGUGGCUGUUUGAACGUCAGUCAAGAUGUCUCGGCAAACUGGGUCGUUUUGUGUGUCGGAAACGUUUUCCGUGGGGGAAAUACGUGGUUUUGUGUAGAUUUGCGCUGCCAUCAAGGCUAAUUGAACGUUGGUGACAAAGUAAGCUAGCCACUACCCACCGUUUGAGUCUGUCUAACACAUCCAUAUACUCACUGCAGACAUUUGACAGGCAGGUUUCUUAUUGCUCAUGUUAAACUAUUAUAGCUUUUAUUCAAACGGAAAAAAUCAUUUUUACAUCAUACUUCUAUUGUAUCAAACCAAAAACAAUAAUAAUCAGCCAUAGAGAGCUUCAUUGGCCCAAGUCCUUUAGUCAGUCUCAUAAUGUUACACUUAUGUAUCUGUAAUAAUAAGUUAUAUGCUUCAUCCUACUCCUUUUUGGACAUGUUAGGUUUGCAUUAUUGUUAUUAUUUUAUUUUAUUUUUAUAUUUAAUUUUUACUUUUUUGCUUUGAUUAUUGUUAUCGUUGUUUUGAAUAUUCUCACUGGUUAUGUUUGUUUUCAGUUUAUUUUUGUACACACAUAUAAAAAAAAAAAAAGACAUAGAUAGAUAGACUUUAUUGAUCCCAAACUGAGAAAUUCCCAUGUUAGAGCAGCAAUAAAAACACAAAAUUAAAUUAAAUAUAAGAAGUAUGUACAAUGCAGACUAUAUACACUAAAUAUAUACAGUAAAUACAGACUAAAUACACUAAAUAUAUGCAAUGAAUACAGACUAAAUAUACUAAACAUCCUAAGAGAAAAAAGUGGGCUAUCCACUGGUAGUACUAAUAUGAAAUGAGUAAUAGAUAUGAAAUGUGAAAUAUACAGAUAGGAUAAUAAAUAAACAAUUUAUCUUGUUCAGUCACUUUAGUACUCUCUAACCUGCAACAAACAGGAAGCAUUUCAUCAUUCACUGGCACAUAAAUGAGAAAAGUAUUCAUGUUUGCAGCCAAAUUGGCAAAGAUUUUGCAAGCAAAUCUCCCCAGUAGUGAUGACAUUACGGACGGAAACGUUUGCUGUGAAGUCGAAUAACUACCAUGCCGAUUUCUUCAUACUGGCCUCACCUUUUUAGUGUGUUAACCUGCUGCUGUAUAAUUUCAAGAUAUGCAGAGCUGUCUUUAGUGAAGGAAAACGGUAAACAUUUUCAGGGUCAAAUUUCAGAAGGUGUAGUCUCCACAAUCUGCUGCUGCAUCACCUCCCCAAUGCUAAUGUUUCUUUUAUCAAUAUUUUAAAAAUUACUAAAAGUAUUUGCAACAGUGUAGGUAUUUUUUGGCAAAUGAAGACUUUUUAUAAUCUAUCUGGAGACAUUAGUAAGUGUAGACAUGUCAUUACAAGCUAAAAAUGUGGCUCAACUGUACUUACACUUAUUUUUACUGCAGAGUGAAAAUAAGGUAAGUGGAUAUAAGGCUUGUGUUCACUAGAGCACAAUAGGAAGACAACAGUUUCACUACAAUGAAUUAAUGAGAAAACGGUAAGCAGAACAAAAUAGAGGAACCAUUGUGGCAUGUCACUCACUUAGCACUGUUACGAAACUCAAUUCUUCCUUGUUCACACUUUGUCUGUUUUCCUUUAGCCUACAUCAAUGAAGGUGGCACUCUGUGAAUUUGAAGUUAUUUCCCCAGUUUUGAAAAUGACCAAGUCAUCAGUUAAGAUCGGGCUUUUUUGUGCACCCCUUUGACCUUUAGGGCACAGUUAUCACACAAGCUUCUGUAUUUGGUGAAAAAAAGGGAAGAGAUGGUUGAUCCUUUAAAGUACACCCAAUGUGGUUAUUUCUGUGUGUUUAUGUGCUUGUGGUCUCUACUCCCACCGGGCUAUUCUGGUCCAGGCUUAGUGACAACCUAGUUGUGUUUACUGGCCAUGCUAAGUUUACAGCCUUUAUAAAUAGGCGGUUAAAAAAAGCUGAUCGCAUACUUGGCUUUUCAUCAUUAGGUCCCCCACCUGGGCUUAAGGUACCAAAGUUAGAGGAUCCAUUUAGACUGCUAUCUUUGCCUUUCUAAUCCACAAGUCUAAAGCUGACUCAUUGUAAACUUACUGAUAGUGCUUUAUUCUCAAUAACUGCUUUCAACUGUUUUAGCUGUUUAACUCAUCGGGCUUUGAUUUAGCAAGUGACAGGGUAACUUAUUGCACAAAACUUCAUGAUAUGUAAUCUCAGUUUUGUUGCAGUGCAAUGCUAGCGUGUGAUAGUGUUGUGUGCGCUACAAAGGUGUUUGUCAUUUUGUGAAUCAGCACUGUACUGUCACCGCUAGUUAUACUUAGGAAGUCAAUGUUUCAUGUUUUUAACCACACAGGAGCCUCAAGUCCUCAUCGCCUACAUCCGCUCUGCAGAUUGCUCUGACACAAGCAAGUGUCGGUGUAGCCAUAACCACUUAAAAUAUGGUAGUAGUAAAAGUAAUUUUGGUGUAUGCAUUCUUAAUUGUUGUCAGUUAAUUUUACUGAAGAAAAUCUAUUUCUUGAUUUAUGAUUAAAGAAAAGACAUAAUACUCUCUGGAAUAUUUAACAUUUCUCGGGUAGAUGUAUGAAGCUUUCUGCACAACCUAAAACAAUGGUGGCACCUGAUUUGGAAAUCUCUUUGAAAUGUUUGUUUGGAUGUAUAUCGGCAAACUUAAUAAGUUUAAACAAUUCCCCAAAUCUGUUAACAAGCUCAGUAAUAAACAUUUUAGUGUCAAACCAUUGAAACUUAUUGAUAAUGUUGUUCUGUCUGUGCUGCAGGUGAAGCUAAGAACCUGGGUCCAGUCUCAGGUCCAAAUCGUCAAAGGGAUCUCUGCACCUUUUGCACCAUAAGUCUAGAUCAGGAGGAGGUGUUUCGGACAAAGGUGUUUGACAAGAGCGUCAGGUAGGUUGGUUCAACCAGAAACCUCAUACAUGCACAGUGUCAAUAUUUCAGUUGAUUUCUGCCCCAAAAGCAAACUUGUUAUCCUUUAAUUGCUUUUAUAAUUGAAGUUUGGAAACUGUUUGUGAAGUAUAGUUGCAGACAACAAGUUACACUAAACACACUUAAGAAUCAUGAAACUUUCAUCUGACUGUUUAAUGACAAAGAUGUGCACUACUCUAAAAGGUGGUGGAUAAUUCAGCUCAGUAAAAGCCAAAUUUCUCAUUUCAUCGCUGCAUAUCCAGCGAGUCAACUGGGUGCUCUGACACUGUGCACAAAUGUUCUGUCUUUUUGUGCAGUAUUUGAAUAAUUUAUGAUGUGUACCAUUCAGUUUUUUUUUUUAAUUCAGGCGGAUAGUUGUGCCAUCUCUCAGAGUUUGUAUUAUGACAAAGCAGGUCAGUGCUAGAGAUUGAAAUAAUUAUUGGAAGUUGAGUAUGAGUGCAGUCAUUGUCUCAAAGUCAGUUUGAUGAGUGAACAAGAUCAUGUUACUGAGGAUAAUUUAAUAAAAACAAAUUCGGGAGUUUACUCCCGUGUCUUUGGUGUUUACAAAUCACACUUCAUCCAUUAAGGGGUUACUUGGUUUUACAAGAACUGGAGGUACUGUUUGUUAAAUAUAAAAUGAUACAAAUAAUAAGUUAGGAAAGCCUGGAAAUACAAAGCAAAUCUUAACUAAAACUGUCCUGUACAUGUAAUCUCUAAUGUCUAAUGUGUUCAAGUGUCUAAUUCAUUUCUUGAGUAAUACCGCAAAAUUAGAGAUACAAAUUUGAUUUCGUCUGUGCACACGGGUUGAUCACCGAAUUUUCAUACUUGGAAAGUUUAUAACCUUUCAUGAAGGCUUUUAUGAAAUCCAGAGAUAUUUUUCUUGAUGUAUGUCUCAAUACACCUCGACAAUAGUAUGAUCUUCAGUAUCAGAAACCUAAAUAUUGGCUCCAGUUUUUCUUUAAAGUUUAACUAAACUUCCUACCUGAGGAGAAAUCUCUCCAAAAAAUAAACUCUGGUGCAUUUGUAUUUGUUCCAGAUCAUGGGAUUUUUUUCUUUUCUUUUAAUUGCAUCUUAAAAACUGUCAAUAUGUGACUCAGAGCUGUUGGUGUGUGCAGGGUGCAUUUAAGCAGGAAAGCAUGAAAUGAUUCAGUGUGGAAGCUUUUCCACCAAAAGCUACAUGUUCACAAGCAGCUUAGAGAAAAAUGUGGGCACCAGGAAACCUUUUCUAUUUACAUCAUUGAACAUCUUACUGUAAACAUCAGCCUGCCUUCUUCAGGUAUUUCACAAUAGCUGUUUUUUUCUCUCUCUCUCUCUCUUGCUCUCUCCUGAUUUUGGUGCUGUUCAAAAGGAUUUUACAGUCUGUGAGGAAGUGAGGCCUCCCACGCUCUCCCCCGCCUUUCUCUUUGUGCUACUCUCAACUACCUUAGUCUGUGUUUAACAUGUCUUAAUAAUCACUCCUAUUCAAACUACAGUGUUUUUUUAACGGUGCCUGACUCAUGCUUGUUAUACAUGCCCCUGUUUCUAAUGGUUUACAAGCUGUAUAGAACCUGCAAUUGCUGCUAAUCUGUUGGAUUAAGCAGACAUGUGCAAACAGUUUGUGGUCAAGUGGCUGUACCCAGCAGUGUCACAUUAUUAGGAGCUUGGUUGACAACAGAAAAGAAGGUUAAACGUUAGCUUUAUGUUUGUACGAGUGCAGAAAAGAGAGUUUACAAGUGCAUGGCUCAAAAUUAUGUGGCGGAGAAUGCGUGGGUGUACACUUAUUAUGCUGGUCGGACCCAGUGCGGAAGUGUCAUGCAAGAUAUUUCGUUGUUGUGGAACUUUUUCUGUUUUUUUUUUUUUUUUUCUUUUUUUUUUAAAGGUGAUCAUAAAAUCAAAAGUUCAAAUCAAAGUGAUUAGCAGUGAGAUUUGUUCUGUCACCUCCCAAAAAAUACCCAUAGUGGACUUGCAAGAUGUCAGUAAAAACUAAAGAUGUCGUUUUACCGAAAGAUAUGAACAGUUAAUCCAGCGCAACUGUAAGUAAGCACUGUUAAGUCUGUUUGGGACAGGUGGUCCAUCUGCAGGAAGCGAAGUACACUGAGGUAGCGCUUAACCUACAUUCACCUAUGUCAGAUCAAGCUGUCUUGCUUGUUGUGUUGGAUGUGAGGUAGUUAUGUUGGCAGGACUGAGCAGCACAGAUGCUUUGGCUCACAGUGUUUGUGCCAGCUCCUACAGGGCAGUUAGUCCUGUGCUGAAAUCCCUCUGGUUAAGACUACACAGUGCUAUAGUACAUGCUGGUCAUAUAUUUAAGUCUAUGCGUUACCCUUGGGUGUGCACAGGUGUCUACCUUGUGCUCCAAAUUUACCCACAGGUGUAGUAGUCGGGGUUAGAUGAUACAUUUUCACAUGUUGUUGAUAUUUUUCAGGUUAAUUAAAAUGAUGAUGAAAGCAUUUAUGUUUCAUUCCUGUAUUGACCUGAAUAUAAGACAAUCUCGAUGGUAAAACAACAUCUCCCUUCCCUUCUUAAGACCAAAACUUGUUAUUCUAAAGAAAACUAUUGUAAUUGAGAAUAAUAAUAAUAAAACAGAUGCAUUGAACAAAGCGAGCUAAUGUAAAUACUGAUAUUAAAUAAUGUUUUCAAUGUCUUAAUAUUAAAUUUUCACAUUGAAAUGAGAUAAAAAAACAAUCAUGUGUAAAUGAAACACUCAAGUAUUGGUAUUUAGAAAGUAACCAGCAGUCUAUCAGGUAGAUGAUGGUUCUGCACACAGGCGUGUUUAUGUGUGCCAAGUGUAACAUUUAUAGUCAUCAUUAAUCUGCUAAUGGUCUAAUUUGCCAUUGCAUAUCAUAAAAAGGCAUCAGUAUAAAUUUCUGUUUAUUUCUUAAAUGUAAGGAAACUGUAGCAGAUUUUAAUUUGUUUUUGUACGCUCGUCAUCUUUGGAGAGUACACUCCGUGGCACUGUGUUUUUUGACUGUCUUGUUGUCAUAUAUUUUUUUAAAGGCAUUUUAACGGGGCCUCAGUUGUUGGUGCAGUUAUUUAUUUAUUUUACUUUAAUGUUUAUUUAACAGGGACAAUACAUGCAACAUUGCCACACACAAAAAAAUGGAAAAUGUGAUGCAUACAAGAUGUCUAGCUUCAGCUAAUUUGCAGUCUUUGUCCCUGGUCAGGCUUUGGUGUAGGAUAAAAUAUUCAGAAUUCCUUUCACACAACUACAGUGGAUAAUAGAGUGGAUGGCUAGAUGACACGAAUAAAUAAACACAGCAACAAAAUUAAGAUUAAACGAUUACACAAGUUAAAUUUAACAGUUAACAUUAAUAAAGUGCUAUAUUGACAAUGACUUGAGAGAAGUUAAGAUGGAUACACUUCCUUAAUAGGUAAGAGGGGCAGUCCACUGUCUUGGCAUUAAACUCCAGCUUAAAACAACCCUUAAGUACAUAAAAAAAACUCUUAAUUUGGGAAAUAUAAAUAAAAUAUUUUAUUUUAUUUUUUAUUUGAUUUCGUUAAAUUUCUUCAGACAUUUUUAAAAUGAUGGCCCAGUAUGAAUUAUUAUCAAGAAUUGCCACAGCAGUUUAUGUGUAUAAACCUGCACAGUGUCAGCAGGUAUACUGGGUGGAUUGAAUCAAAUGGAAAAAUGUCCAUAUAAAGAAAAAAAUGUAGAGCUGAUGGUAAAUGGAGAACUUGAAUACAUUUAUAUCACACUCGCUCUAGUUUUCUGACCACUCAAAGUGCUUUAACAUUAGAUUAGAUGAGAUUAAAUAGAAUUUUCACCCAUACACACUGAUGGCAGAGGCUGCUAUGCAUAUACCUUAUCAGACUUUGACUAAUUCCAUGUACACGCCACGUCACACUUCAUACUUGACCUCUUCACUUUUCAUGAAGUCUCAUGGGCAUUUCCUUUCUGGGGAAAUGGCAAGAAAUGUUUUGGAGCAAUAAGACGGCAGAAGUGACACUCAAAUUAGCAAGAACAUUUCCCACAACCCCGAUGAGUCAUGAGGGCACCCUGUGUUGUCAACCUUCUGCUCAGACAGUUUACUUUGCAAGUAAAUUCACUAAUACUGUGUUUCUGAUAGUUUUGCUCUAAUACAAUUAUUUUAAACAUUGUUGGAGAAUAAAAUUAUGUUCAACAGUUUUUUUUUUUUUUUUGCAUAAAUUAAUAAAAACAAUCCUGCAUCCCAGGAUCAUCAUUGUAAACCAAAACUAGGUAUUUUGUAUAAGGUAUUAGUAUAAUUUGGUGAUAAAGAAGACAGCCCAUUUAAGGUUUUUUUUUUUUUAAAUAGGUUGAAAAAAAAGUUAUAAGAUGGAAUAAACUGAACUUUACAUUUGUAGAGUUUGCAGAAGUUUUCACCCUUGACUUAUUAAACUGCUGUGUUUUGGUUUCUGUGGAAAGAAAGUGGGUCGGAGGUUUCACGCAGGUCGUAACCUACAUCUCUGAUCAUUUACAGAGAGUUGCAGAAUGCGUACAGACGUAGGUGUAUUUCUAGGUACACGUGUUUACUGUUUGGAUCCUAAUUAAAAGGGCAUACACACAAAACUCAAAAAUGGUUAUUGUAACGGUCCUUUUGUCUACCUUAAAAAGUGUGCAUGUGUAUCAGCCUUUGUUUUAAUCAACCCUCCACUGGCCCACAUUCAGCCACAGAUGGUCAACAUAAAACACCUUGUUGGAAGUUGGUGCAUAACAAUAAGGCCAGCUGAUCAACUAUAUUAAUACUGAAUCACGACAACAGCAGAGAAGGAGAGAGAGAGAUAAUGGAGUCUUUAUCUUUACACAAAAAUCAAGAUUAUUCUAGGUGGGGUGGAAAUUAUGAACACAAUGUGGGUGGGUGGCCACAGCAGGGGGUCACAAGCAGAGAAAGGAAAGUGAGUGACUAUAUGCCACCUUUGUUUUGGCAGCAUCUGGCCUUGAAUCGGCAUCAGAGUAUAGAGGUGUGAUAACAAGUUUUUCAAUAAUGUCCACUUUUCAUGGCCAACUCAGCCCGCACUACAACUAUCAUCAUUUUUAUUCUUAUUAAUAAUGAGGAUGUGUAACAAUUAUGCAAGAGCUGUUGCUGACUUUAUUUCAAGACUUUGUUCAUUUACACAAUCAGCGUGUGCAGGUGGUAAAAUGUGGGUGUGAGAGUGAGAGAGUGUGUGUCCUCAGUGAGUUCUUCUGUGUACCUGACAUUGUAGUAGUUUUCCCUGUAACAAACUCACAAACACACACACACACACACACACACACACACACACACACACACACACACACACACACACACACAGAAUUUUAAUUAAAAUUCUUCUCGAUGGAAAAUUUAAAGGUCACUUCAGGUACAAAUCAAAAUAAUACUGCUGGUUUGAAUAUUUAUAAUAAAGUAGGUCCGUCAUUUAAGUUCUAUAUCGAGCCAUGCUUCGGUCUGUAACCUCACCAUCUGGGUCACAUUUUUUUCCAGUCAAACAAAUAAGUUUGUUUUCCCGUCUAGCUCACUUUAAAAUGUGAUAACUGUUGACUUACAGAGAUCAUUGGUCCUCAUCUAAAUAUCUGAAAUCAACACACAGGUCUGUUCUUAUAAAGAAAGCCUGUUUUUUAAGACACUUUUUUAUUACACACUACUUUUUCUCUUAUCAGACUGCUUGUAGCUCAUCGACAUGUCUGUCUCUGUUUACAGCCCUUUCUAUGGAGAGGACUUCUACUUUGAGAUUCCUCGGCCGUUCCAGUGUUUAUCGUUCUAUGUUUAUGCCAAGAGCGUUUUCCAAAGGGAUCUACCUGUUGGUGAGUUGCAAUCAGCACAAAGAGUGUUGCACAAGUAUUGGUUUUUAUUCAGCCGACUGAAUGAGUUGUGUUGUAACAAGUUUUCUUUUGUUGUUUUUUUUUGUGUCUUUAAAGGCAAAGUGUCAAUUCGAAAAGAUGAGCUGUGUAAUUAUAGUGGAAAGGAGCUCUGGUUUAGCCUUCAUCCAGUAGAUCCAAACUCAGAGGUCCAGGUAAGUUUCUGAUGCUCUGCUCUAUUUUUGUAACAAGUUAUGUAUAUAAUUUCUCAACUGUAGCUCGUUUUUUUUUUCUUCUUGUUUUAUCCUGAUUUAGGGAUUUGACCUAAAUUGCCUGCAAAAUUGUUAAUGAUGAGACGACAGUGAUCCCUCUAAGCUCAAAGAUAAAUGUGUCUAAACUUGCAGCAACUCAACACAAUAAGCAGGAAAUUCAUGUGCUUGUUGUGGAAAAUUUGUAUGCAGAUAACAUCAUUUCCAUGUCCAAGUAAGGGCAAAUGGCGUCCGUCCAAACAGUUGUGAUUCUAUAGUUUAAAAACCAAGACAGGCUCAACUCUGUUGCUGAUUGGCUGCUGCUAUUAGCCCCCCCUGCUGAAAACUGAAUGCAGCUCCAACGUCACCGGAAAAGGACAUUCAGUGUGCAAAACGUGGGGUUUGCACAAUUUUGUCGUACUUUUAACGCCGUAGCCUGAUGAAAAUGUUACCAGUAUUACCAACACCUCAGGACUCUAAAUGAGGAGUGUCUGACAGAAAGCAGUGCACUCUUUGAACACGUACAGAGCUGUGCAUUAAGAAGAUACCAUGACAAACCUACAUUUUCAUUGUACUAUUCCAGUCCUCUGGUCUGAGUUUAUGAAGUAUUUCAUACAGACUCACUACUCAUUUCUAUAUCAUCAUUGUGCAGCUGUUGUUGUGACUCCUCAUGAGAUGGUGACUUCAAAUUUGCAUACAGCCUUCCUGCCUUGUUGUUUUUCUUUAAACCAGUUUGCCCAACCAUCUGAAGUUCAGAGGGUGAAUAUUAUGAUACAAACAAAACUAAUUGAGAGAUGUAAAGGUUGCACAUGAAUGCCUUUGAGUUUCUUUGAUUAUUAUCUGUCAGAAUAAAGUGUAAAUAACCUGCUUAUUGAACCGAUUCUUGCCCCCGCUGCACUUUCCGAUCAUUCAUAGCGAUUCUGCAGCUGACUACUUGACUCAUGAGAACCUUUUUGAUCCAGGCUUUGUCUUAUUAGUCAAACUUUCUUUUUGGGUCAAUUUGUGAGCUUUGCAUUUCUAGUUUCUCCCACAUCUAGAGAAUGUAUGUGGGUUGCUCUGUUUCAACUGUACGUUUCUCUGAUCAGAUAGUUUUGUGGUCUGCUUGUGCCGGUUGAAACAUGGCACGCCAUCUAUCUCCUCUAUGCUGCUGCUGUAGCUAGCGUGUUGACUUUAGCUGCCAUUAGCCCACGCCAGACUAUUCUGAGCGUUUGCUGCUACACUGAUUCACUCACAAGUAGACACUUUCAACUGCUAAGUUACAUCAUGGAGUGAUGGAGGUGUUACUGUACUGUCUUUUUGGCUUGGUUAGCAGUCAAAUAGGGCUUUGUGUGUGUGCUGAACAGUGAUAGCUCACAUUCCAGUCAACCUGCUCAGUGCAAAAUAGAAUGUAGUUUUCUUUGAAACAAUAAACCCUUUUGGAAAUAUUAAUUACUCAAAAGAGGGGGUAUGUUGUAGUGAUGCGAGUGUUAAUUUGCCGAGGAUGUUGGCUCGUGUGGGUCCUUGCGAUGUGUGAGGAUUAUAUUGGCUUAAAGGCCUAUCUUGCAUCUGAAAGAACUCCUCGCCAGCUCAGCCAAGUGCUGAAUUGCAGAGACGGAGUGCAAGUGUGUGGGCGUUUUGUUUAGCUCUCUCUCUCUUGCUUUCUACGACCCUCUCUCUCCCUCUCUCCCUCUCUCUCUCUCUCUCUGACACUUCCGAAGGCAGACCGGCAGCCUUCACCACAUCCGACCCCAUGAAGAUCUCUUUCAGUGAUGACAGAAUUCACAGCUGCUGCGGCUCCUAUAACAUACAUUGCCUCCAUUAACAUAAAACUACAUGAGACACGAGGUUUGGCUGAGCCACAGGUCAACCUCAGACUGCAAAAAAAAUAAAAGAAGUGAAAAACAUGUAUGUAGCAAAAGCAGAAUACUCACCUUGUAAGAUGAAGAAAUGGUAAUUGACGGUUUCGUUUUUUCCAAUAUGUGGAAAAAUGCAUAGGUUUUUUUUCCAGAUUGUUGAUUUGGAUUUUCACUUGAAACUUUUCGCUUGGACACGGGUGUAUGACCGAGAUCUUGCAAUGUGAGUUUUCUGUACGUUUUCUCAAACACCUCUCCUCUCCUCGUUUUCACCAGGGGAAGGUGCACUUGGAAAUGCGACUGAAUGAAGUAAUCACAGAGAACGGCUCAGUCGGCCAACACUUACUGGUCCGGUGAGUACCAACAAACACUCUGUCUGACACAAUGAAGGAGGAAAGGCAAAGUGGUGAAGAGAGAGGUGUAGGUUUGGUUUGAGUCCGUGCUGAUUCUGAAUUACUGGCACAUAUGGAAGUAAACAGGAAGUAAAGUAAAACAUCAAAAUUCAUUCAACUUUUGGCAGUUUGGUGUGAAAAUGUCCUUUAAUGUAUGGAUUAAUUGGAGGUUGGGAUUAAAGAAAAAGUACUAUAAGCACCCAAAAUAACAGUUGAAUCUCAUGAACAUGGCCUUCAAUGAACUUGUUGUCAUAGAGGUGCCUAACUUUGAAUAUAGUUGGCCCUAAGAGUUAUUAUGGGUACCUCUUUUCUUUCAUAAAAUAAUAUCCAGAGUAUCUUAUACUAAAGGACUUAAUAAAGGAAGCAAAAAGGCCCCUCCCCUUGUCGUUUAGAGAAUUUGCAGAGCCAUCAUUCAAACACUUCAGGGUUGUUUCACCUCAGCCGGAUCCUCCAUGACCAAAAAGGAAGUCUGUUUUUAAAAAGUUAUUAUUUGAGAGAGCAGCAAAUGAAUAAGGAAGCACUAUGAAAUGUAAUAAAAAUGUAUCAUCAAAGCCAGUCAGGAAGUCGUGACCCAAGGAGUGCCACAGUAUCACUUCAACUAUAGCCCUCACCUUUUCGAUGCACUUUUGACCCCAUGACGAUGUCUCAAAACAAACUCUACUAAUGAGUCAGUGUUAUCUCAUAAAGAGGGUUGGCAUCCAUUUUUAUUCUUAUCAAGUUUUUUACUAGGUGUGGACAGAAACACCAGGAGUAAGAGGUUAUGGUUGGUGAAAAUGAAGCCAUACCAAGCCGAAGUCUUAAACAACAUUGUAAUGUAGGGAAGACUCGUGAUUUUUCCCGGUGCUCUUGCAGGAUUAACUCACAUGUUCUGCGUUUGCACUUAUCGGUCUACCUACUUAGACAAUCGUUCAAUCAUUCCCUCCAAAGCAACAUGUAGAAGCUUGCAGCCAACAUUAGGAGAGCUAUUUAUGAAGUUCUAGUCAAUGAUUAACUCGGAGUGCUGAACAGGAGAUAAUAAAAAUUAUGGCACCUCUGUUGUCAUUCUGUUUUUUCCAUCCCAAAAAAACUUCACUGAAAUUUUUAAUCUGAUCUACUAAUUGUUAAAAAAUUGCACGAGCUGUAUUACUUCUUAUUUAAUGUUCUAAUUUUCUUCAUCUUUACUCAGCAGAUGUGUUGCAACAGUCUUUAAUGGCUCUUCUCGUUUUAAAAGCGAAACAAAUUCACAUACAGGUUUGUGUGUGUACGUGUAUGUCAGAGAUCAUGCUGUUUACGCAUGUUGUUUUGCAUCCCCCAUUCAUACUUGAAGAGCAGGUUGAAGGGGAGGAAGUGAUGGCAUCUGAGCAGGAAGUCUGUGCUUCGCACACUGCAACCGCUGCGGUUUUCUGCUGCCGUCAUUCACCGUGUCACUCAGAUUGUUUGCUAAAACCGUCACCUGCUCUCUGUCAGCUCUUUCAACAUGUGCAUAGAUAAUGAACACAGUAUAUAUUUUUUUUCCUCAGAUAAGCCGGACCCAAGAAAGUGACACAGUUAAGAUCAGAGAUUUCAGGCUUACUUAUGUACACCUCUAGUGCUCCUGUUGUGCAGCGCGUUGAGACGGGUGAGAUGGGGCUGAGCUGAGAGAUGCAAAGGAGACUGUAGGGAAUAUUGUCAUGACAGCCUGGAAGAUGAUACAUAAACAUCCUGACAUUUGGCUUCUCCCUCUAGCUUUACUCAGUGACGGCCUGAAUUAUUUCUUAGUCUCUGGUGAUCCCUUCUUAGCAGCCACAUCCUGUUUAGGGUACCGACAGUUUCUGUUUGUUGUUACCUGAAACACUUGCGUAAAAAGCAGCGGCCCCUGUGAGCCAUGAACCAAACAUGAGGGCAAAGCAGUGCUUCGACAUGAAGGCUGGCUGUGGCACCACUGAAACUGUUAUAUAUGGAUGGAAAUUUGUUGAUGUCCUCACUGUUGAUACGCGUUAGCCCUCUGCAGCUAAUGUUGCUACCAGGUAUCAAGGUCAUUUUUUUACAGCAGAAAACAGCAAAAUGUUACAUGAUGCAUCCAGUUAGUAGAGAUCUACUCAGUAUGCUACAUGUUUUCCUACAGUAGUACAUUUAUUUCACCUGAGGGCAACUAUUCAAACUUAAAACGGUGCCAUGUGUUCUUUCUAAAAAGUUUUUUUUCCUCACUGUAAGACAAAAAUGUCAAACACCCUCCUGAAAAGAACAAUUACAACAUGGUUGCUGUUUUGAUUUGAUGAAGUUUUACCCAGUGUCUUUAUAAUACUGAUCAUAAAGGUUUAGCAGCAUUUUUUUUUUUGAUAUACAGUAUGUUUAUUAAAUUCUUCCAGAAACAAAAAAAGAACACAUGAUUUAAAAAAAAAAACAUACAUUUGGCUCACAAACACGCACUCAUUAUGUUCAAAUUUAUACAGGCAAGAGAUUUAGGAGUCAUCUUAUACAAAUAAAAUAGGUAAGUAAAAUAAAAGUAAAAUAAAUUAAGUGCAUAUUACCGUGCACAAUAUGUUCAUAUAUUAAAAAAAGGUACAUGGAAGCAAGAACAUUAUUUAAAUAAGACAUCAUUUUUUUAAGGCAGCAUGUUCAAAGCUAUGAUAGCAACCCUCCCAUGAGAAUGGUAGAGAUAUUUAAACCAACAUUCCCAUGUUUUUUCGAAACACAUCAUCUUUGCUGCGUAGUUUACAUGUCAGGUAGUCCAAUGCGACAUACUCAAGAGUCACCCUUUGCCACUGAGCCUUGGAUGGAACUAUAUCCACAAUCCAAUUUAAAAGAAUACACUUCCUAGCGCAGAACGCAAAUGUUUGAUGGAGUUUCCUUCUAGAUUUAUCAGUGAUGGACAGAACAAAUAUGCCAAGUAGCAGACAUAAAGGAUUAUUAUUUUAGGUUUAGCAGCAAUUUAAGCAGCUGUUGCACCAAUAAAAAAACGUUCCCGAUUUAUGCUCUCAACACAGUGUCAAAGGCUAGUCCAGGAGAUCUGGGAUAUUUGAGAAACUUUUGGUAUGUGUCAGUUUCAGCGCCCCCUGUAGGCAAAGAUGUUCAACUUGUCACUUUGCUGAUCUUGUCCUGUACAAGUCCACUCCUGGAGGCCCACAGUCCUGCAUGUUUUGGAUGUUUCCCUGCUCCAACACACCUGAUUCAAAUGAUCAGCUCGUUAUCAAGCCAUUACAGAGCUUGAUAACGAGCUGAUCAUUUGAAUCAGGUGUGUUGGAGCAGGGAAACAUCCAAAACAUGCAGGACAGUGGGCCUCCAGGACUGGACUUGAGAACCACGGAUGUACAUUAUAAGGUCAUAUUUAAAAGAAAAAAAAAGUUCACUCUGUUUUGCUAAUGGUCAAAUGUGAUACUCAGUGAACGGAAAGGCUGAGUCUUCAACAUGCUGUCAGUUGUCUGGUUUGACACUUCCUCUCAGCUGUUUGCAAACGUCAGUAUUAAAAGUUUGAAUGCCUCAGUCGUGUUAAUGAUGGGCUCUUUCUUUUGCAAGUCAUAAAGUUGCUUCAUUAAUUUCAAUUUGUUUCAUAACCAGUUAAAAAAUCAUCACAAGAGCUUUAAAAAUGUAAAUGAAAAUCAAUGACUUCAACCUUUAAUUGAAUCAAAAUGAACACAAUGUUGAUUAUUGUCCAGUGAUAAAAUCUUGUCUGCAUUUGUCCCUGUACACUGAUGGUAUUUAUAACAUCCCUCUGUCUGUCUUUGUGACCUCCUCCAGGAUAAUAGAGUGCCAAGGACUGCCUUUGAUCAGUGGACAGAACUGUGACCCCUAUGCCACUGUGUCACUCGUUGGACCUGCCAGGUAACUCUUUGAACACCUCAUUUAUCAAAUACAAUAACCAAAACAUGCCGAGAUUUUCCUGAUAACAGUGUAGACGGUGUGUUUGCUCCUUUUUAGCUUGACCUUUUUUUUUUUACAUUAAAAACAAUAGAACAUUAGACCCCAUGUUAAAGGAGCAUGACACAGAUUUUUCAUUCAAUCCAUCGUUUUAACUGACAUUAAACUGGUAAACAACACAACACCUCAGAGGAUAAUUUUGUGUGACCUGUAUGGGUCCUUAGCAACAUGUGAAUUAAUUCUCUCAAGUAGUUUUGGCUCUGGCUCUCUGCUCAAAUUCGCCAACAUAAUAACUGAGGAUCAUAAGUCUUAUCGUGGCACAAACUAGGCUAAGAGCUCAGCCAUGUCAGGAUAAGAUCUUACCACCUGUAGGAAAGAGAGGCACAAUUAAAAAGGAAAAAAAAAGAAAAAAUUAACCCUUAACUAUACAGGAUGUUUAGUCUUGGAGACCCAGGCUGAGUGCUAGGGGCUCUGGGUUUGGAAACUUGUGACUUACGUGUUUUUCUGGAAAAUCACAGUUUUCAUAAAUAAUUAGGGCGCACAUGGAACAGACGAAAAAAAUAUGUAUAAAUCUGUUUGUCUUGUUGAUUUUUAUAUUGUUUAAUGUUUAAUUGUUUUUAAAAUGUUUUAAUCUAAUUGAUUUUAAACUGUUUUAUGUUUUAUUGUUUUUAAAAUGUUUUAAUCUUAUUGAUUUACAAUUGUUUUAUGUCUUUUUUUACAUUUUAAUCUUUAUUGAUUUUAAAUUGUUUUAUUUAUUUUUUUUAUUCAUUUCUGAAAUAUUUCCUAGCAUCUGUAAACCACUAAGAGUUGCCUUGUGUAUGAAUGAUUCUUUAAAAAUAAGCUUGCCUUGCCUUUUGGUUAGGAUCAGUAGAUUUUGAAAUUUCAGUAUCACAGCUGCUCUCGUGUCUCCACAGGUCAGACCAAAAGAAAACAAAGGUAAAGAAGAAAACCAGCAACCCUCAGUUUGAAGAGACCUUCUUCUUCGAGGUAAAUUCUGCAGCCACACAUUUUGCAAUCUUGAUGGGUUUUAAAUUUUCUUUAAGUUACAUCUAAGUAUGAUUACUUCAGGUAUGGUUUGCAAAGCUACUGUCUGUUUUUCCAGGUGACACGGUCCAGCAGCUAUUCCAAAAAAUCACAUUUCCAAGUGGAGGAGGAGGAUAUUGAAAAACUUGAGAUAAAGUGAGUCGAUUCUUCCUCUUUCAACUGUGUGGUCCACCUUCUGUGACUCUCCCUCUCUCCUUCUUUCUCUUCUUCCCCAAAUAUAGUAUUAACGGAAAAACUCAAUCUUUCAUCACGAGGAUAAAAAUUGAAUUUAGAUGUGAUUUGUUGCUUUCUGGUUAAGGAUAUGUGGGGCUUCCGUCACAGUGGACUCAUAGCUUACUGGGUGAGACUAGACAGAUUCAAAGGUAAACACUCAUGCAUGGUUUUGAGGUUUGGAUUUGAGGUGGUUUCAUUGCACAGGUAUUGUGUUGACUUUCACACGAUGAGCAGGUAAGCACCACUGAGCCAUGAAGCUGAUUUGGUCUCCUUUUACCAUGUUGAAGUUGGUUGUUUGUGUUGAUGAUUUAGUAAACAGCACAUAUCGACAAAGAAGCGCCUGACACCAUGCACAUUUGGUUUGGUAUAGUAUUACUGUGGUAACUGAUAAAUGAAAGGCAUAUUUCAGCUCCUGUUCUCUAUAUCUCUAGGGUGGAUUUGUGGAACAAUGAAAACCUGGCUCAGGAUGUGUUUCUGGGAGAAACCAGGGUCCCUGUGAAGAUCCUGCGAAAUGACCACAUCCACAAAGCAUGGUAAGGAAUCAGCACUUUGGCUACCCUCGUGGUUAAAUGUGCUAUAGAAAUAAAGUUGAUUGAUUGAUUGAUUGAUUUACUUACAGGAUUGACUUUAUUUCAGUGCAAAAGGCCUUAAACAGGACUUCAGUUUAACUUUUUACACCAGCCUGACUCCACAUUUUCAAGCAUUGACACUUCUUAUAACCCUGCAGAUUUUCUUAGUUCUUGAGUGAAGUCAUCAAUAAUUUUUGCAUUGGCAGGCCACUGAUUAAGAUGUCAAAGACAGUGAGUUCAUGCUCUGGGUGAUGCUUAAUUAUGUAAAAGAAGCCCAUUACCGAGCAUUACUCUGGUGAAAGAUAUAAAUCUUGAAGGUGCAAUGACAUCUUUCUAUGGAUUAUUGAAUUUGACAUGUAUCUGUCGCCUCAUCCUCCUAAUCACUCUCUUAUUAUUUACCCCCCUUAAACUCCGAAAAGAUGAAAACACAUUCAUUUCUUGCUCCAAAGCUUGUUCAACAUCAGAAACAAUCAUAAUAUUCAGGUCUUCCCUCCAGUUUCUUAACAGACUUAAAAUUAAUGAACGAAAAUUGAAGCAGACAGUAAAUCUGUGACAUCACAGCCAAGUUAGGAUCAAAUGUGCGACAAUUUUUUACACCAGGAGGUCGAUCUCCUAACUUCGGGUUCGUACUCUUAAGGAACACAGUCCCGGUUCUCCUCAAGAACUCUUGCAAAUUAGUGCACAAUGGGACGGUGAUUAGAAAAAUCUUUCUAUCCCAAACUGUUCAGCAGUUUUUUUCCAUGGCGUGGGUGUCUACUAGCCUUGCGUCAGUGUAGGUGAUAUGGGAUUACGCCAGAUAGCAAUCUGUGAGUGCAUGAGGGCUGCCAGCAGAGUGUGUGGGUGGCUUUUUGCAUGGUGGCAGUACCUCAUGUCCUGUGUUUAUGCUGGAAAUCGUCCAUGUUGCACACGUAUAAAAAAAGAGAAGAAAAAAAAAAAACUGUUCAGCUUCAUGAAAUCAGCGCAGUUGAUCUGUUGACAUCUUCAAAGAAGCGUCUCGGCACUUGUGUACAAUGAUUACAGAUCAGACGGCGCACGGACAAGCCCACAGUAUGCACCUGCAGCUCCCUAAAGCACUGCAUUCAACACUGCAUUUAGUCCCUGUGUGUUUUGCUCCACCUGUUGGCUUCGAGCAGGAAGUGCAUGAAAGUAUGAGAGAAACAUAUUUUUCUCCUUCGAAUUUUCUGAAAAAUUCUGUUUCUAAGUGAAAGUCAAUCCAUCCAUCACAGCUAUUUAACCUGCUGUAUUUCGAUGACAAUGAGGAGUAAAAUGAAAUCCUCUCUGUGAAUUAUUAACGCCCUUAUAAUUCGUUGAUUAAACAUUACUACACCUUAAACCAGGUUUCCCCUCAUUGGUUGACUCUCUAAAAUGCUUGUCUUUCCCAGCAGUGAUUUAAUUGUACUGUCAUUAAAAACUACUCUCCAAACAAGCAUGUUAAACUGUUAUUUUUGAUGAAGCACAGAUGUAAUAUUCUCUAUAUGCUCCUAGUUAAAGCAAGAUGUUGAAUGAAGGCACUCUGAGAAGUCUUCAUUGAAUAAAUGAGACGCGUUUUCUCUUCAGUGUAUGAAUGUGGUGUAAAUAGGUCAAAACGGUAUGUAGGGGCUCUGGGUGGUUGGAAGACCAGAGAAAGCACUACACAAAGUCCGUUUACUACUUUAUCUCUUUCUGUGGUCAAACAGGUACCUCCUCCAGCCAAAAGGCAACGGCAGCAAGUCCAAGUCAGAUGAUUUGGGAUCGUUGCGUUUGAAGCUGACCUACAUAGAAGACACAGUGCUGCCAUCUGCCUGCUACACACCACUCUGCAACCUGCUGCUCAAAUCCCCAGAUGUGAAGGUAUCUCAGAUAAACCUUGCAAUAGAAAGAUUGUCAACUCUAGAGCAGUAGUUCUCAAGUCCAGUCAUCGAAGCCCACUGUCCUGCAUGUUUUGGAUGUUUCCCUGCUCCAACACACCUGAUUCAAAUGAUCAGCUCGUUAUCAAGCUCUGGAAUGGCUAAAUAACGAGCUGAUCAUUUGAAUCAGGUGUGUUGGAGCAGGGAAACAUCCAAAACAUGCAGGACAGUGGGCCUCCAGGACUGGACUUGAAAACAACUGCUCUAGAGUAUGUACAGGUUUCUACGAUUCUGUUUAAGGAAAUCACACUAAGCUAUACUACCGAUACGAUUUUGAGAUUUCCGGUAAUUUUGCUUUCCCCAAAAUGUUUCGAGAUUGAAUCACAGGAUUAUUCAGUGACAUGUCGUCGUCUUUCUCAGCGUUUCCUUGAUGCAUGUCCCUCUUCUCCUCAUUUCACACAGCCCAUCUCGGCCUCAGCAGCGCACAUCUUAGGGGACAUCUGCAGAGAGCGGUACGAGGCUGUUCUGCCCAUGGUUCGACUGCUGCUCCACCACAAUCGCUUUGUGCCUUUUGUUUCUGCCGUGGCAGUGCUGGAGCUGGACAACACUCAGUGAGUACUCGUACACACAAAUGGGUACACUACAGGACGAUAUGCAGACCUGUACCUCCACAGAAAUAGUAUUCCAGACUUCCAGGUCCAUUAUUUGAACGGUAACAUUUAUACAUUCCACAUCCACAAAUAAAUCUUGUCUUUGCUAUUUCUUCCAUUUUUCUUUGGUCCUGUGCAAAGAUAGAAUAAAGACUAAUCCCUUAGUCCAGACUAUUCAAGGCAUUUUGAAAUAAUCAGCAUUGGCUGAUACCCUGACUCAUGACGCUGAUUAAAAAAAAUGAAAAAUAAUGUUGCAGACAAGAAUCCAUCUGAAACAUAUUUCUGGCUUAGAUAACCAUGUAUGUUCGAUUAUAUGUUCAGGGUUUAAUGGCUGAUAUUUCUAGCAAAUGCUUAAAAAAACAUAAUAACAAUGUGAUGUUGCUGUUGACCCACCUGCUCAGCAGCCAUUGACGUCUAUAUCAGCUGUUGAAAAACUGAUAUCUGUCCACCACUCAUCCUCGAUAAUGCUAUCAGAGUCCAAAACGGAAUGAGAGGGGUUUUCCACCGAAAACACUGUAGACUCAUAAUUUAAUCUUUUAGGAAAACCCCCCCUGCCUUUUCCUCAUUCUGUAUUUCAAGCCUUUUAUGGUGUCAGCCUUUGGUUAGUGGGUAGCUAACAACCAAUCAAAUCACUCAGGUCCUAAUAACGUAACCGAUCGGUUCAAAACAAAGUCAAGAAAAGAAGAAGCAACUGUAUCUCCACAGUGAGGCAUGGAGAAGAAAUUAUUGAAACGGUCAAUGAAAUAAGAUCUUGGACAUAAAAAAACACAAGACAAAAAGAGUGUUUUUAAAUGUGCCUUGACUCUCAGAUGUUUGAAGGUAGCGUUGGUGUUGUGACUGUCUGAACAGGGAGGCUAACACUAUAUUCCGAGGCAACUCAUUGGCAACACGCUGCAUCGACGACAUGAUGAAGAUCGUGGGGAAGAAUUACCUGGCAGUCACCCUGAAGCCUGUAAUAGAUGAGGUAUGAGUACAUGCUCACACACACCAACACACUGUUAGUGUCAAAUCAGAGUGGUUAUUAUGAGUCACGUUGAUCAGUAUGGGAAAACUGCACUUAAACAGCAAGUUAUCAAGCAGAUAAGCCCAUUUUAAAGAACAAAUGCUUUUAUAUUGUCAAAAGCCACUGAAGUAGAGCUAUACCCAGAUUUACUCUUAGUUGUCUUUUUGGCUCACUAGACUGAAUAAUUCAGUCCACAAAUUUGAUUUGAUGGCACUCAAAAUUUCAUUUACAGUCUUCAGAUACACUCAACCAUAACAGCCCUCGUGCCUCUAUCUGUACUUAGGACAAUGAUAACUUCCACGUAAAUCAGUCAAGCUUCUGUUUGACAUUAUACAACUCCUGGCAAAAAUGAUGGAAUCAGCAGUCUUGGAGGAUGUUCAUUCAGUUAUUUAAUUUUGUAGAAAAAAAAGCACAUCACAGAUUUAACACAAAACCAAAGUCAUUUCAAACAGCAACGUUCUGGUUUUAAGAAAGCAAGAACAGAAGUUGUGGUCGUCGGUAACAGUUUCUUUUUUGAGAUCAAACAGAGAGGAAAAAAAUAUAGAAUCACUCAAUUCUGAGGAAAAAUAUGGAUUCACUCUGUCAAAUUUCCUCUCCAAAACUAACACCAGCCUGAGAUUAAAUCUGAUCAUGAGUCUGCAAGUAGGAAGAAGUGCUUACUCUUUGAAGUGGAUUGACAUGAAUUAUGGCAAAAACACAAGAGUUGUCAUUUGAAACGAAGGAGAGGGUUAUCAAACUUCUCAAAGAAGGUAAAUCAUCACGUAAUGUUUGAAAAGAUGUUGAUGGUUUACUGUCAGCUGUGUCUAAAAUCUGGAACAAGUACAAACAACAUGGGAAUUUUGUAGACCGAGGAAGACAUCAAAGUGUCAAGACAGAAAACUUAUGGCAGUAUGUCUUGAAAACAAAAAAAUACAUGGCAAAACAAAUGAGGAACAAAUGGGCGGAAACUGGAGUCAACAUCUGUGAACCAACUGUAAGAAACCGCCUAAAGGAAAUGAGAUUUACAUCCAGAGAAGCUAAACAAAGGCUGCUCAUUCCAUCAUUUUUGGGUUGUAGUGCACACGACACCUGCUGGGCUGACAAUGGCAUUACAACAAGAUAAACUCACAUUUGGUACACAGUGCACUAACUUGUAAAAUAACCCCAACUGUUUUUAAAUAAUAUCCUCCUUACAAUACUGAAUUAUAUUUGCUUAAUCCUCCUCUAGUAAUGACUUGACAUAUUAGAAAAACAAAGUAAAAGUCUUUAUUGUUCUCCUUAAAUUAAAAGGGUAUAAAUCCUAAAUUCUAUAUAUAAGUCUUAUAUGUGAUUAAAACAUUAGUUGGCGUGUUUGAUUUUAGUGUCUUUUUUAACCUUUUCAUAGAUUUGUGAAUCCAACAAGACCUGUGAAAUUGACCCCAUUAAACUGAAGGAGGGCGACAACGUGGAGGUCAACAAAGUAAAUGCUCUCUCCUCUUUUUUAAGUUGUCAUUUGAAAUCCUGAAACAAAAAUCCAGUGAGGCAUGAACAUGUUGUAAAAGCCACCAAAGUGAUGAUAUCCAUGUUUCCCUCCAGGAAAACCUCCAGGGUUAUGUGCAGAAAGUGUUUUCCUCCAUCACCCAGUCCAGUUCCAGCUGUCCCCCGCUAAUGUGCGAUGUCUUCAGGUCACUGAGACACUUGGCCUGCAAACGAUUUUCAGGUAAAUUCUUGAACCCUUUGAUGAAGCUUUGUUUAACUAUACUAUAAAAAUUAGAAAUUAGAAACAGAUCCAUACACAAGCUUUUAAAGUUUGUAAGUGGGGCUGGGGGGCUUAAACUUGUUGUUUGGGUUUAUAUGAAAACCUGGAUUCAUUUGCUGAUAUGUUGUUUCUGUCCUCAGCUGACCCUCAUGUGCAGUACUCCGCUGUUAGCAGCUUUGUGUUCCUGCGGUUCUUUGCUGUUGCUGUCCUUUCUCCACACUCCUUUCAGCUCCGUCCCCACCAUCCAGUAAGUGCUCGUCCCGUAGAUACAGUGCAGGCCAAGUUUGCACAUAUUUGUCAUUUCCAUUUUCAUUUUUUCUGUCUCGUAGGAUCCUGAGAUUUCCCGCACACUCACACUCAUCUCAAAAACUAUCCAGACUCUGGGCAGCUGGGGGAGUUUGUCCAAAAAACUGGUGAGACUGACAGUGAAGAUACACAUUUUUGUUUAUCCACACAAAAGCAAAGUGUAACAAAAUGAUAUCAGUCGUGUUAAACACAGUCUACAGUGAAAAGGCUCAUAUUCAUCAAAGUCUUUAUUUUCUUUCUCUACAGUCUAGUUUCAAAGAAACCUACAUGUAUGACUUCUUCAAAUCAUUCCAAGAAGACAAGUGCAUUGAGAAAGUAAAAAAGGUAGUUCUCAAUAUUCUCAGUUCUGCACCCGUUCUUCCUGAGGAUGUUAAAUGGUUUGGGCUGAUAUCACUGUCUCUUUUUUCUUGAAGUUUCUAGAUGAGAUUUCCUCCAAUGUCAGUAAGGAGUCCAGUGGGCUCGAGGAUGCUGUGGUUCUCAAGGAGGGGUGAGCAUUUUUUUUUUUAAGUGGCCAAAAUAGUUGAGAUGGGGAAAAAAAUAGCAAAAUGUUGAAAUUUAAAUGGAAAAAACUGUAUAAGGCGCACUGUCAACUUUUGUUAAAAUUUAAGUACUGUAAGUGCGCCUUAUAGUCCGAAAAAUACGGUAAUGGUAAAACCUGUAAAGUAAAAACUGGGCUGCAGUGAUCUGUCUCAAAGUUUCAUUUGGUUCAAGUUAAACUUGUCAGUUCAAUCGAGUCUUAUUCAGUCAGACACCAGUCAUAUGAAAUGGCACUCGGCUGAAUUGUUAAGGGGUUUGUCUUUGUUGGUUUUGCUUGAUUCUUUAUUCACUUGCCUAAAUUUGAUAGAUAUAGUCUUGCCCUUAUCAUGUGUCUCAAUGUGUCUGUCCUUUUUAUAGUGAAGUACAGAAACGAGCCCAGGGGAGAAAACGCCUCGGCAAGAAAAAUUUCAAGAAGAGGUGGCUCAGAGUGACCAACAGAGAGCUCUCCUACCACAAACACAAAGGUGAGACCGACUUCUAUCAUCCUAUUCUCCAAACUUAUAUAUUUGGAGAGAGCUUGGAGCACAAAACCAACACAAGAAAGUUCAACACACUUUUCAAAGCAGUCACCAGAUGUCUCCAAAGUUAGCACUUCUCCAGUCUCAUGCUUCAUGCCAUUGGCUGUAUUUCUUUCUCCACAGUUAAAAGAGAUACUUAAUAAGUCAAAAGCCUCCACUAAAACGUCCUUUUUUAUGUGUGACUGGACAGUGUUGUGGACCGUGUCUUCAAAACUUAUAGAGCAAUGUGAGAGGACAAGCAGGUUCAGUGUGUGCCUCUUAAAAGAUGAUUAAAGUUAUUCUUUUUCUUAUUCUUAAACUGAUUCACGACACUGGAUCAUUACUGGAUUGAUUUUAUCAUCAUGUGCCUCUUGGGCAAAGAAAGGAAGGAUUGUCUUGGCAGAGUAUUCAAAAAAAUUAAGGAGAACGUCGUUUUUAGAGGGAUGGUGGUGAGAGCAGAUGUUGUGAUACAACAGAGCUGUAGAGUUCAGACUCAUCUGUCUCAUCUUAGUGUGUAGCACCAUCUUGUGUUGCUGCCAUUACCGCGUUGGUAACUCACAGUCUGCUGCUGGAUUAAAAACAUUCAACAGCCACUGAUGAAGGCACCUUUAUCAGGCCAUUAACAAUAUUCAGUGUGACAUAUUAGGCAUUGAUUUUUUUUUCAACACUUUGAUCACUUUUGACGAAGAGAAAAAGAAAAAAAACUUUCAUCACAUAAUUAUGAUGAAGUGCUGAUUACACUAAUCUAUUGAUAGUUACCUGUAAUCACUAUGACAUUGGAUGCUCUACCAACUAAUUAAGCACAGAUUCUCUAUAUUUUGCUGAAACAACUCAACUGUAAUGACUAGGAAUGGGCAGGAUUAAUUGAUUGUUAAGAAUUAAGUCUCGUGCAAAAUCACAAUCGAUGUAAUGUUAUUAAAAAAGGUCUGCGUCCAUCCUCCUGCUGUUUUCCAGCAAAGAUUAACCUUUAUUUCAAUGAGGAAAAACACGUUUUGCAUAUUUUCUGCCAUUCACAUUAAAAAACAGAUCAAAUCAAUGAUUGUUCGUUAUUUUGUAUGGUUAGUCGAUCAAGGGACUGUCUUAAAAUGCCUAUCCCUAGUAUUGACCAAUGAUCAGUUUAGAGGAGGAACAACAAAAUGCCACUUUACAAAAUUGUGAUGAUUAUGAAAUUCUUGAUCUUCUCAGCCUCCUGCAGAGCUAGUAAGCAUAACCUCAUAUGGAGAAUUACAAUGAGGUAUCAGUUUGUUUAGGGGGGAAAGUUAACAAAACUUUUGUGGGUCACGGCAUUUAGGAAAAGAUGGAACUCCAGUGGUUUUGCUUGAUGUCUUUUGAAUUAUAAUGAGAAAUAGAGUUACAUAGAAAAAGUUUUUAAAAAGUGAGUAAAAGCAGCAAAUGAUGCACUUCUUUCAAAUAUGCUGAUGUUGUAGGGAGGUAAUGGCUGCUUGUAAACUUUUAUAAAUUUACCAGAUCAGUUAUAUCACACGAUCAUAUUUAUAGCAGUAAUUCAUAUCACGCUGAAGUUGUCCCUUAUUACAAAACGCAUACCAUGUAAUCACUUAAGAUUUGAUUUGAAUAAUUUAGAUACCUAAUUGAACAUUUAAAAGAUAGAUAUCUCAAAGACUUCGACAUUCCUGCACAGCACAGCACACCAUGUGAAUAUUCUGACCAUGGUGGAUAAAAAUACACUGCUCUGUUCGGCUGCCAGCCUUGCAUUAACCAUGUGAGGCUAUGAGAGAAUUUUUCAAUCAAACGUUUUUUAAAUAGGAUCUCCAAGAAAUAAAAGAUCAUUUCUUCAAAGAUAAUGAAUAUAUUUUAAGCAUGUAGCUUACGUUUUUUAAAUAUUUUACCAGAAGCCCAUUACAGAUUCUAGUUUUUCACUUUGUGUUAUUCCUCGUAUUUCAUUUCCAGGGAAAGAUGCCCUCUACGUCAUCAACGUCAAAAAUAUCCAGGCGGUGGAGAAACUGGAUGAAAGUGCCUUUAACCGCAAAAAUGUAAGCUGCUUCCCCCAGUUCACCUCUCACACACACAGCUUCUCUGUGAUUACUGUAGUCCUGGCAUUACCCUCCCAAGAUGAAAUAAACAAAUGAUCAAAUAUUGUGUUUGAGACCUCUUAGCAUUAAUCAAAUAUUUGUAUCAUUUCUCGUUCUUCUUGUCACUAGAUGUUUCAGGUGGUGCACUCUGAGAAGCCUCUGUAUGUGCAAGCAGGAAACUGUGUGGAGGCCAGUGAGUGGUUGGAUGUCCUGGGCCAGGUCAGUCGCUGCAACGAGGGACGCCUGACGACCUUCCAUCCAUCGAACUACACGGGUGGAGCCUGGCAGUGCUGCAAAAACCAGAGUAACAACGCAGCGGGCUGCAAACCCUGCACAAUGUGAGUCUUAACUCACUUAAUCCCAUAUUAUUUUAUUUAUUCCAUCUUAUUUGAUUCUAUUUUUUCCUAUAAACACUAAAUAAAACAAAAAGUCCAGGUUAAUCAAUACACCAAACACACAAUGUCACAGUUCAGACCUUUGGAGAAGUUUAUUUAAUUUUGAAGCUCUCCCAAACUCUGGCUCUGAGUCAUAAAAACAGUGAUGUUACUUCUAAAUAGUGUUGGCAGGAUCUUGAAGUUUUUCAGUGUUUGAACUUCAGAGUUUGUAACAGAUACUCAGCAGGUCCUCAUUAAUCUGGAGACAGCGGUAAACUGGACUGCGGCACAGAUUUUGACAGCUGUUUUUGAUCAUUUCUUGGUCCUCAACAAAAAUGCUUUAGCUGAAGUCACGUUUUAGUGAUUAAGAAGUCAAUCAUAAAUUAGUAUCAUGGCAGUUUACCAUAAUCUGAGCAUUUUACUGGUGGAAUAUCCGGAUUCCUCAUGUUAGCUGGCUUUAGCUUACACUCUUGCACAGUGCCACGCUGUCCAUGCUUAAAUACUGAGGGGAAGAAAGUGCAUUACACUCAGAUGGAAGUGGUAAUAUAGGCUACAGUGUUGACAGAUGUACAUAUUCAAAUCUAGAAACAAAACAUUCUGUCUUUGGUGAGAUUUUAUUUCUUUGACUGCAAAUAAAAGUGCAGUGUGCACACAAAUGAACAAAUUUUGUAAAACGAAAGCACCAUAUUGCAUUUCUUUGACUGUCUCUGAACUGUAUCGGUAUCGUUAAUGAUGACAAUAUUAGAGUUUAAAAAAAUUUAUUAAAGUUUCUUUCAUUCGUUCAUUUUUCAACACAUAUAUUUGCCAGAGUUUAUUUUAUCCACGAUGUAUUUGUAGCUUUGUAUUUCCUCGCCCUGUCUGUGAUGGGGCAAAAAAAGACUUUGAAGAAUAUGUGCAAAAAAACUUCUUUCUUUGGUUUGGGCCAACAUAAAUAUUCUUCUCAUGCUAUCUUCUGUAAUAGCAUUCAUCUCAAUCCCAUCUGGAGAGACUUCAAAUAGAAAUCUGUUCACCCUGCAGGUUAAAAACUAACGCUACAUGUUUUUUAUUCAUUCACAAGUUUUUAUAAUCCAUUUCCCCCCCCCUUUUUUUAAGCUAAUAAAGUUUCACAAAUUGCGUCCUGCUGUCAAUGAAGACUUUUGUCCUCUUCUGUUUCAGCACCGUGCUGGCCAACCUACAGCUGGACAUUGACUGUGAUCGAGAAACUGAAAGGAUAUUCUCCCUCCUGUCGUCAAACGAUGCCAAGCUGCAGAACAUGGAGGGUCAGUUUUUCAUCUAAACCUGUAUCAGUUCAAAAAGAAACAAAAAUGAUCAGAAACAGGGGGCAUGUGAUGGAGGAAAUGCUAAUGCUGCUUCUCUUAAUAAUGAAUAAAUCAGGUAGGGAUGUAUGUGGCUGUCCCUACAUGCAGAGUGAGAUUAAAAGAGGAAAUAAGAGCUGACAGGGUUGUAAGUUACUUGAAAGAUGCAAACCAACCUGAGCUGGAUAACCAACAACAAAAUGGCUUGUGGGCUGCUAAUGCUGAAUGGAUGUAGACCAUUCGUGUAUCACUGUUAUGCUAAUAAUCAGAUGCCUGCAUUCUUACUGUAAACUAACCGCUCCAGGACCCUAUUGGAGGCAAACCAAGACUGCAAUCAUGGUUUGGUUGUUUUUUGUUCCCCUUCAGUGUAUUGUUUCUGAUUCAUACAGGUCCGAAGAUCAGAGCUGAUGGGUCGUUUAAGAACAAUAUCUUCAAAAGCUUGUGGUGUGAAAACAUUAAAAUCAGACAGUCAUGGAUCAAAGUAGACUUCAGAGCCUGGUUUACAUGGCAAAAGUUCAAAUGGGAUGGUUGACGAACUUCAGAAACCCUCCCACUCCCUCCUCAACCUGUUAAACUUUAGAUCUAGGUGGGGGCUAAUGCUGCAUUCCAGUAAUACUUGGAGAUCGGAAUUUCCCAGCCCCAAGUCGGAAAUUAUCUGGAACGCCCCCCUGAAGUCAGAUUUCCGACUCAGAAAGUUAAAGGAUCCUCACCAACCCCGACUUGACGACGUCAUAAUCCAAGACGGCAGCACAGUACAUCAACAGUAAAGAGUAACAGUGAAAGCUCUCGUAAUGUAUUAUUUAUUAGCACUUCUGUUUUGUUUUUGUGAAAUUAAAUAAAUGGUAUAUGUCGUACUGCCUAACCUCUAACUGUGAACACGGUGCUAUGGUGUUCGUAAGAGUAAAAUACUGUGUUAUGCGUCGUUUACAACUGGUAUAGCUAACAGUGGCUAACAACAACCGCUAACGACAGCUGACAAUUGUAAACAACGGCUAACUGUCGGCGUCCAUCUUGGUUUUCCGACUUGUUAACUGGAAUGCCGUCAACUCGGGUGUAACGUCAUUCCCGGCGCCGACUUCCGAGGUAACGGGAAUGCAGCAUUAGUCCAAUCAGUUGUUACAUUCACACCUUUUGCUUUACCUGCUGUGUAGAGGGGAAAAACAGAGUUUGCACUUCCCUCUCAGCACUAUUGUCCAUUUUUCACUUAGCUGUUUCUUUUCAUGUGGAGAGAAACUUUUCAUCCUGAGCAUGAUCAAAAAACUGGAUCCAGUACCGUUCCAGUCUAACCCGACCCCUCAGUGACAGUGUGUAAUGAUGAGUCUCUCUGCAGACGCAUGUGCCAGUAUGGCGGUGUACCAGGGCCCUCAGCGUGAGCAGGAGGAAUACUCCAAAUUCACCAUUCAGGAACCCAAAGAGACCUUUCAGACACUCAAACAGCUGCGAAACGUUAUGGAGGAACUUAAGAGGCAGCAUAACAUCAGGAGUGACACCACAGCACAGUACGGGAGCCUGUAAGUCUGCUUUACUUGUUUUGACACAUGUUGCUUUAAUAGCUUAGACAGAAGCGCUCCUAUUGAAGCACAAGGCUCAUCAUUGUCUCCUCUGUUUCAGGGACAAUCCAAUAGUGGGGAAAACUUCCUAACAGGGGCACAGAGGUGUGGCUUGAAUCAGCCAUACUAGGCGUCCCAAAGGACCCCCAGGGGCCACCAGCGAGAAUGUUCAAUGGGUGUCCCAGGAGAAACAGAAACGACACACCCUGACCUCCAGACAUCACCAGUCCACUACAGCAGUGACAGCCUGAGAACAGGGACAGAGCUUGUGAGCUUCUCCCUCGUCUCCUAAAAUGAACAAAAUCUCGGCGUUUUUCCUUUUUUUUUUGUUUUGUUUUGUUUUGUUUUGUUUUGUUGGGGCUGCCGCCUUCCCUUCCUUAUAGAGACACUCUCCCCUUCUUAAUUUAUAUCCUCCUUUUCAUAUCCAGCUGUGUGAAAAAGACAUCAUUAGAUGGUGUGUGAAUAGGCUGCUAUUUUUCUUAAUUCACCCAGUUUUGUAUCAACAGCUGUGAUGAUCUCUCCUAAUCUCCCCUUUUUGUCUGUCCUUCAAGUUCAUUACUAAUCAUCAUCUCUCUGGAGGAUCAUCCUCCGUCUGUGCCCCUUUUUUUAUCCCUUUCUACUCUUCAAGUGUCUUUUUCUCGUCUGAACAAAUCUGUAGAUAUACUUUCAGAGGACACGAGUAGAUAAUAACCAAUCUGCCUUACUUUGAUGGAUGUUUCUUUCACAUUAAAUGUUGAGGGAAUAAUGCAGAAGCACUUUAAAUAUUUGGAUCACUCCAAAUGGAAAUGAAUAGAUACUUGGUAUCAGUUUUCCCCAUUUUGAUCAGUUACAUGAUCUUGAGUACAUUUUUCUGUUCCAAUCCUGUACAAUAACAUUUAUAGCCUGUAGAUUUUAAGAUAUUUUUCUCAACCAAAGACAUUUUCAUAGGUAUGACUUGAAAAAAAAAUGAUAAUAAAUGUAUUUUGAAUACAAAUGUUUUAAAAAUGGAAACAAAUGAUGAAUAUAUAUACGUACAUAUACAUAUAUAUGUAUGUAUAUAUCUAUAUAUUUGGUUUCUGUAAUGUUUUCGCUAACAUAUCCUUUGAUUUUUAGUGACUUAAGGCAAGCAGAUUGCAUGUGUUGAGUUGUGAGUCCUGAUAGCACAUGAUUGUGGUGUGGAGUUGUAUUUCCCUGUGAUUGUGAAUCGUGUUGGUACGGUGUACAUCAGAUCUGUGCUGUUAUGGUAAGAGAAUUGCGACAUAUUUAUUGUAGCUUUUGUAAACAACAACAACAAAAAAAACAAGAUAAAGGAAAUGAUGAAAGGCUAAAAAUUGAUUCAAAUGACAAAUUCACACCCCAUCAUCCCUUAUUUAGUCCAGACAAUCGUGACAAACUCAUCGUUAUUUUUUAUAGUUAUCAAACCAGCAGCGCUCUGCGAAUGAAUCUGUCGUGCUCAGUGUAAAGAACCAAUUUGAUAUAUUGCAGCGAGUUUAAAAGGUGUGUUUUUUAAUUUUCUGCAGAUGCAGCUCUCCACUGCCACAGCUGUCAGAGAGGUCUGUGUGUUACGACUCAUUCAUAGUGAUAUUGUGUCGCUUCUGGACUGACUUCUUUAUUUACACUCAUAUUUGGCAGAAGUGAGGGUGCACCUGAUCAACUCAGAGAUAGAAAAUCGCCUUGAGAUUGAUAACAAAGGCCGAUCACUGGCCAUCACUUUAUGUCUUGAGUUGUUCAGGAUUCUUUCUCCCUUUUCAUUCUAAGAGUUACUACCAGCAGAUGGUUGAAAGUUUUUACAGAUGAUUUCUCUGUUGGUUGAUUAAAAGAUGAAUCAAAAGAUACUUUCUUUGCUCUCAAGGAUCCUGAUGGAACAAUCAGACUUGAAUCAGUGUCAUUUACUUUCCAUCAUUUGCCCAUUUGAACAAUGAAGUACUGAGAAGACUUCAAAGAAACUUGAAUUAACUUUAAAAGCAAAAGUUGAACUUGUGAUGCUGAUAAUACAGGGUUAACCAUGUAUUUUUCUUCGCUUGUGGAAAUAUGUUGUUUUCAGAAGUUUUGUCUUUGGUCCGUCAUAUAUUUCUAACAUGCAUGUGUUGUUUAUUUAACAAAAUAUUUUUCUAGGAAACCUUUUUUUGUAUCUCUUUUUUUAAACACUGAUUCAGUGUGUUGCUAUACUGGUACAGUACCUUGUUUUUUUUUGUUUGUUUUUUUUUCUCCUGCUCGCAUUUGUGCUUUUAUGACGCUGGCUGCUUGUGUUCUUGUCCCUGAGUGUUUCCCUUUUUUUGUACGUGGUUGUAGCUGCUGCCAAACCUCCACUUGUUGAUAGCUUAAACGCAGUACUGCAGAAGUGAAUAUUUUGUGCAAUGUGCUGCAGCUGACAUCAUGUUGACAUGCAGGCUGUGAGUGAAUAAACGGUGUAAUCAGAGUAAAAAAAAAAAAAUACAACUGUAAAAUGUUGAUUUGAGGAAAACGAUUAUUGGAAGAUUUCUCUUCAUGCUGUUCAAAAUUUUGGCUAUUUUGAAAACCUUUUUCUGGACCAAAUCUCAACAAAACACAGAUCGGAUUCUUAAGGGAUUACAGCUUGAAGUUGUUGUUUGUGUACAAUAUGAGCUUGCAUGUUAACUCCAUUGCCAGUUUGAAAAAUGGGCCAGUAAACUAGCAGUCGAUUUCCUCUAGUCGUGUGCACAUUUUGUAAAAGGGUGAACAUGCCUUUGGGGGUUUUUUAUUUCUGUUGAUUUGUCCAUGACGAUUCAGCUUUUAAUGAGGGAAUUUUAUCCUUUUGAUUUUCCACAUUUGUACUUUGGACCUAAACAAAUUUUGGCAGGAUGUGGAUGAGAUGGAUGUGUGAACUCAUGCAGAGGACCGGUAUGAGUUGCAAUGCAUUUUGGGUUUCAGCAGUUUCUGUGACUGUGAAUGUUGGACUGUCGCCAGUUUCCAAUCAUAACUUUAUUGAAAGGUGAAUGUUGGCUUCUACUUUGAAAUGUCAAAUGAUCAACAAUCAUAACAGUAGCCAACAAGCACUUAUUACAUAAAUAAGGAUAUUGCACAUUUUUGCCAGAAAUGAAAAAGUUUAUAAUCGGAUCUGUAACCCUUUUCUGAAGCAGAACAAGCACAUUUGGGUUUCAUUGAAGGUACACAACACUGCAAAACAAUCUUGUUUUUUUUCCUGCCUGUCAUCUCAGAUCUGUUCUGUAAGAGUUACAGCACAGAGUGAGUACAGCUAACAAUCACUUUUGACUUAAUUUGAUGUUUUUGGGGUUUUUUGUUGUUGUUUUUUUCGCCGACAGCGCAUGGUAACCUCACAUCUCCAGUUCAACUCUUCUGAAUGUCUAUACUGCUUGAGUACAGCUGUCUGUUUUUAUACACAUUAAAUAUCUCAUUUUUCAUACAAGGUCUUUUCUGUGUCCAUUUGAAACGAUUUACAAUAAACACUUUGCCAAUGCUCCUCUUCCUCCUCCUCCUCUAUCUGGUGCAUCUGUACCUGCAUUAAAAGGCGGAACAUGAACACAUUAAUCCAGGACUGAUACAGCAGUUUGUUAGACUGGCUGAGUUUUGUAUUUCAUGUAGGAGGCUUUAUGAAACGCACAAGGUCUUGGUGGAAAUUGUUUAAGUUCUUGUCUGUGGAAAGAUACUGAAAUAGCCUGAAAGUUGAUUACUGUACAAUUAAGUUAGCCUAUUUAAAGGACAGAUUUAUCAUUCAUAGACAUUCGCAUUCAAUUUUGAAAAACAAGGCACUGAGAAAAAGGUAGGGUAGCUGGAUUGUUUUGGGUUUUUUUUAUUUAAUGCUAUUAGAGUAGUGUUGCAGAGUAAUUCCUAACAUAUGUAAUUCCAGGUUUUAAGUUUUGUCCAACAGCCUGUAAUUCACCUAACAUAAACAGCUAAAAUGGCAUGCUGCCCUGUUUUUAAAGACCAAUCAAAUGAUCCUGAUUAACUUCAGUUUCCUCUCCAAAAACCCUUCAGAAUGAAACCUGCAGCAUGUGAAACCAAAACAAUAGUCAGCAACACGACACAGCAGUCCAACUUUAAUUACUUAACCAGCUCUGAAAAUGUUGGAGCAUGAUCUUGUGACCGAGAAGACCCUGACAGGAAAUGAUGAAUACUUCGCUGUUUGCUGUUGGACAGACUAAUUCAGUCAUUCCCACUUUCUUUGUAUCGAAGUUGUGAGGUAGAGUGCCCAGCACAUGUCAGUACACCCCUGAUUAAAAGUAAAGUAUUACUCAAUAUCUAGAUGAGCAAAAGUACAGUUACCAAAGUUUUGACAAAGCUGAGUUUAACAUAACAUUUUAUUUACCAUAGGAUGAAAAUAAGGUGAUAUGGGACCUAAAAUUGAGCUUUGCUCCCAGAACUUUGAUUUGGGUGUACUCAUUUUUGCAUCCAGAUUUUAAAUUGAAAAAAAUACUUUGUAACACUUUACUUGAUGCCUAUCUCUAUAACGUAUUAUAAAUAUAUUUAUAAUGCGUUAUAAUCACAUCAUAGCACUGUAUAAUUAUAGUUAUAAACACUCAUAAAUGAUCAUAAUGCUUUAUAGCAAUAAUUGUGACACAUUAUAAAGCAUUUUAUCAUGACUUACAAGGUCAGGUAUUAUAAUGUGUUAUAACUGUUAACAACUCACUGACAAUGCCCACAUAGAUAAUGCAUUAUACAUAUAUUUAAGAUGUGUUAUAACUUGCUUAUAAUUUUUAUUACUAUAGUUAUAAACACUCAUAAAUGAUCAUAAUGCUUAAUAACACUAAUCAAAACACAUUGUAAAACAUUUUAUCAUGACUUGCAAAGUCAGGUAUUAUAAUGUGUUGUGCUUAUUGUUAUAAAGCAUUAUGAUAAUUUAUGAAUGUUUAUAAUGAAAGUUAUACAACUUUAUAAGCCAGAUCUAACACAUCAUAAAUAAACGUAUAAUGCAUUAUCUAUGUGGGCAUCGUCAGUGAGUGAAACUAGGUUUUCUGACAACUCUGAAGGGGUGUACUCGUCUAUGCUGAGCACUGUAUGUGAUUAAAACACAUGGAGUAAUUUAUUUUCCCCGUGUCAGAAUGAGCUGUACUUCAGAAAUGUUGAUAAGGAAUAAUAUUUGAGCAGGAGAGGUUGCAAGGGUUUAUCGCUGUUGGAGAAAUGGUAAACCUUUUCCCCGUGUUGUAAUCGUGGGUUCCCUGCAGCUUGUUUAAGUCCAUGAAAUUCUCGGUGUUACAGAUGUAAAGAAUUAAAGCCCUGCAGCCACAGAGAAAGAUGUUUUUGUUGUAAGUCGAAGGCGAAUUCAUCUGUUUGGACUGACUCAAUUUUACAUUCCUACAGCGUCAAGGUAUAAGUUCUUUAAUCUUGAGUGUCAAUCAAGUGUAAUUCACGCCUGAUACAACUGGCUUCAAGUCCCCUCUCUGUUUGAAAUGUGCAGGAAACAUAAAACCGCUUUCCCUACAGAAAGACUUCUAGUCCAGGUUUUGUCUUUCAGCGCGCAUAGGGUGGGAUCUACAGCUGCAGGGUGCUGACAGGGCCACUAACCCCACACUGUCACCAUCAGUGGGAAGCAAAACGCUCCAACUGUGCAUGAGGGUCACUUUAAAGUCAGCUCACCAUAUCAUUCUCUGUCACUCUCUUCAAAAGGUACAAAGACAAGAAGUUCAAAAAAAAAAAAAUCUAAUACUGCUCUUUGGUAUUAAAACUGCGUGAUUGGCUUUGUUAAAAGUUACCAAAAUGUAACAUUCAUGCUUACAAAUGAGCGAAACCCUUUCUCUCUCUCUGUUUCAAACUGUUCAGAAAAACGUGAAACAACAGUUCACUGAACCUUGGGUAGUUGUGCUAAACUAGUUCUUAGAGACAGCCCAGCCUCAUGGCCUCCUGGCAGCAGCUCAGCUUAGUGGAAUAGACCCUGUAAAAUGGCAAAUUAUGACAUAUCCAUUUUUGGACUGUUAAAACAAGGCUAUUAAAAGAACUUGUAAAUUGUAGACAGAUCUCAGUCUAUACACAAUGCAAGGCUAACUAAAGCAACAUAUUUACCCCACGAACAUGACAUUGGUAUUCUGUCACCAGUCACUGAAAGUGCUGUUCACUUAUUAUUAUGAUGAGUCUAUCUAAUAUUCUAUCCUAAGUUUUUAAGUCAGCAAAUGGAUC